AUGGACCGACAGAUCUAUACUGAUGGACCGCCGUCACCACCAUCCUUUAUGACUGAAUAUAAACCUCCAUGCCUUAGAGCAACGAGGUGUGGAAUUGAAAAACAGAGCAAAUCAUUGCCUUCUUGCGGUGGACGCGCAUGGACUGAAGAAGAGGAUGCCUACCUUUACCGUGCCCGUAUGAUGAAAACCCCAUACAAACGCAUUGCAGCCCAUCUGUGCAAGACCGAGCUGGCUUGUCGCUUGCACUAUCACCAAAUGUCAUCAGGUAACCUUCGGAGGCGAAGCACAAAGUCACGAUCUUCCUCACUCAGCCUGGACUCAACACAGUACCCUGUUGAGGAUGCAAGGCGUGAUUACUCUACCCCUUCACACACAAGGACUCCAUCUCCACGCCACGAACCAGUUCCCAGUUACUUCCCGCUCUCUUCUCCGGCUUUCUCUCAACAGCGAUUGCCGUCGCUUUCGUAUCCGAUGGAGCUAUCAUCAACUGGUCCAGACCCCAACAAACAACCCAUGGCCCAUGCUAGCACAGCACACGACAGGCACCCGUCCCCACCAAACCAUCGAUUCCAUGUCAAUAUCGACACUACCACGUCGAAUAUACCAUACACCCAUAGAUACUCAUUCCCGCCCCUUUCUACCACCAGCGCUGUUGCAAAUCAUCCUUUCCAAGCCGCAUUACCACAGCCUAAUAUAUCUGAUCCAUCUCACGAUAUAACUUUACCACCAAUCCGAUCGAUCCCCUUACCCACACCCAGCCCUAGCCCGGGACCAGGUCCGGGCCCCUUAAUUACCUCAAGGGGUCUCCUUAGAGAUGUUUAUCGUCGUGGGUCUCACCCGCUAGCAGGGCAAUGCACAAGUGAUCUCCGCCGUGCAGCCGACGAACCACCACAACCUCGAGUUACAGAACCAGGUGUUCAGCAAUUUACUCAAAGCGUGCGAAAAUGUGCCGUCUCUUCACUUCUGAAUGUUGAAAGAGAAGUAUGGGCUCCUCGAGGGAUUAAGAGCAGGCCUGUGAUGUGA